AAAGGCCACCACGGAACGCGGCAACCGUCAACCGCGUCCGCUGAAUCCGCGCGAAAAUGAAAUCGAGUUUCUAAAUUCGAACGUUCGAUUUUUUUAGCAAUAAAAACUCUUUGCUAUCAAAACAUCUUUCGAUUCGUAUUAAAUUUUUUACUUUUACAAUUUUUUACUCACAUAAAAAUAGCGUGUUAAAAAUGCAAUUUUUCAGCCUCAGUUACGUGUCUAGUGUAGUUUUAAUAUCGAUAGUUUUAUUAGCCAGUGCUCAAAGGCCUAACAAUAAUCAACGAGACCUUGGACCGAGAGAAUUGGCGAGACAGAAUCAAAUCACGACACAAAUUCUAGAAGCAUACAUUCAGAAAAAGCUGGGCUUAGCGAGGAAUACCAAUCCUUUAAUUCGACCUCCUUCGAUCUUUGAUAUAAUACCACCUAAGAAGCAAAGAGAGGAAAGACCAACGAGGCAGCUGUCAAUUCAUGAGGAUAAAGUAGAAGAUCCACCAGAGAUUGAGGAAGAUGAUGAAGGGGAAACUGAACCGGCAACGGUGGAGGACGAAGGACUGCAGAGUGUGGAAAGCGAACAGAUCGACUCAAUAUACUCCGAAGGUAGGAGUAAAAAAUACACGAGCCCACCUUUUGAAGCGGAGUUGGAUACAAAUGAUUAUAAAUGCUCGAGUUGCAACGACGACGAGCUUGGCGUUACGAGAUGGACCAUGCCACUGCUGAAGAGCGGCGAAAAGCGGUACUAUCUGGGAAUAUUCUUUAAGGCGAACUGGUUCAAAGCGCAGCAGUACUGCCGCUUCCAUGGCAUGCACCUCGCGUCCAUCUCAUCGCAAGAAGAAAACGACAGGCUUGAGAAAUAUGUGAAGGAUUCGGGCUACGGACGUGAGCACUUCUGGACAUCGGGCACUGACUUGGCCGAAGAGGGUAACUUCUUUUGGAUGGCUAAUGGAAGACCACUUACCUUCGUCAACUGGAAUGCUGGAGAGCCCAACAACUUCAGAUAUGAGAACGGCGAAGAAGAGAACUGCUUGGAACUUUGGAAUCGAGAUGACAAAGGUCUUAAAUGGAACGACUCACCUUGUUCUUUUGAAACUUUCUUCAUAUGCGAAGUAAGAACAGAUUGAUGAUUGUUAAUUUAGGAUUGAAUGUGAUAGCAGAUUAGUGUGCUAGAAACCAACUUUUAUUUACAUUACAGUUAUUUUUUGUUGUUACAAAUAUAAUUUAAACUUUUUUAGGUAGUUUUUUCGAAAUAAAUCUUAAAAAUGAAAUGCUAUUUUGCAUAUUUUAAAACUGUAAUUAAACUUGCCUGUUUUAUUUAUGUACAUGACAUAAUAUUUUAAGUAUUUUAAUCAAAAUUAUUUAUGAUUUUUGCAAAGUGAUAUUAUGCCACCAACAAAAUAUAUGUAGGAAGAAAUAUACUUUGUAUAUAUACAAAUUGUAUGUACAAAUAAAUAUAUAAAGUCAAUUACAGAUUAAAAAAUGUAAAUCUAUACGUUCUUUCUGUCUUGAAUAUAAUUUAUAUCAAAUUUUCUGUAUAUUAAAAGACACAACUCUUUUUAUACAAUUUAUAUAAAACAUAGUAACAUAGUAACAAUAAAGAUAUAGAAUAAGUUUGAACGAUCACUGCCCAAUGAUCUACUCCUUGUUGUAAACCUCUGAGCCAUUUGGUUCAACGGACAAUGUCGUCCAUAGUCAACGUAGUUGGUAGAUAAAUAAACAAUAGUUACCUUAGUAAUAAAUGUAAAAAUAGUUUUAAGAAUCAAUAAAGGUUUA